AGAUGCUGCCUGUCCCGCUGAGUUACUCCAGCAUUUUGGUCUUACUUUGAAUACGUUAUCCUCCUCUCACCGACAAGAGUUAUGUAACACCCUCUCUCGCUGCUUCCACUCUGUGAUUCCUCCUGCUUUCCACCUAUCUAUCGUUUUCACACCCUACCCUUCCAUAUCGCUCUCACCCUGAAUCUCAGUCUAAAGAAGGGUCUCGACCUGAAACGUUACCCAUUCCUUCCCUCCUGCCCCGCCGAGUUACUCCAGCAUUUUGUGUCUAACUUCAUCGUAAACCAGACUGUGCAGUUUCUUCCUACACAAUGUACACUCAUUGUCGCUCGAUGGACGAGCCCGGUGUUUACCUUUGGGGUGGUGGAAAGGAUCGACCAUUGACCCAUGAUUGCAAGAUUUGACGACGGAAGCUCCCUUUACCCAUGUUAAUGCAAACAUGUAUUCACACUGGUUACGGUUUUCUCUGCUCAUUCACAGACGAUCGGGUUGCCGCAUAGUUCCAACUGGGAUGUCCUUGUCGACUGAAGAACAAGUUUACGCGAGUGAAACCAUCAGGACGGCGCCCCCUCCAAGGAUCCCGGGCUACUACCCCUCCAUCCAGCCCCAUUCCCACUACCUGGAUGUGCUGCGCUCCUCCUCAGAAGAAGCGCUCCAGCCUCUCAAGUCUCUGGGCAGGCUGGUCAACGACUCCAGCCCGCUCAUGCCCUUCUCCGUCGGCAACUUCUCCUUUCUCAACGAGUCUUCUCCGGCUGCCGAACGGAUCUGCAGCAUCCUGCCCUCCGCUCCGAUCACCCUCUUCACUAAGAUGCCGGACAGCGUCAACCCGGUUUACCCCCGCAGCCGGGACAAGCCGGUCAUUGUGCCGCCCCGCCCGGCUCCCCUGUGCAGUCCCGGCCAGAGGCAGGGUCGGCGGCACCGUCUCCAGCCGAACAACAGCGCCCAGCACACUGGCUCCCUGCGCUCCACCGGGCAGGCGACAGCGGCCGCUCACCACCUCCAGCCCGUACAGUUCACCGAGCAGGACCUCAACACUGUCCUAUACGGCCGCAUGAACUCUGCCAACCACGACGGGACAGUCAGCCAUGCGAUCUCAGGGCUGCGGAUAUCGGGAAACACAGGUGGUCACGAGUCCCAGCUUCAACACCUGGACAGAGACCCUGUCCAAAUCCCAGCGGGGCUCGCUGUGUCUCACACCUACUACGGCGGAGUUCCCCACCACGGCGUCUUCUGCUCCCAAAAUCUGAUCCCCAAGGGCGUCCGAUUCGGACCUUUUACGGGAAAAGUGGUGAAUAUGAGCGAAAUUAAAACCUACGACGACAACUCGUACAUGUGGGAGAUUUUCGAAGACGGUCGGCUCAGCCACUUUAUCGACGGGAAAGGGGCGGCGAGUAACUGGAUGGCGUUGGUAAACUGCGCCAGGUCGCCGCAGGAACAGAACCUGACGGCCGUGCAGAGCGAGGGCAAGAUCUUCUACGAGACCUGCAAGGAUGUGCGGCAGAAACAGGAGCUCCUGGUGUGGUAUGGAGACUGCUACUUGCAGUUUAUGGGAAUACCGGUCACUUUAAAGGAAAUGACUGAAAGCCAAUUCACAGAGCAAGCCGAAGAGUCCGCAGAGGGCUUUAAAUGCGAGAGGUGCGGCAAGGUCUUCGCCUACAAAUACUACAGAGACAAGCAUUUGAAGUACACCCGCUGCGUGGACCAGGGCGAUCGCAAGUUCCCCUGCCACCUCUGCAGCCGCUCGUUCGAGAAGAGGGACCGACUGAGGAUCCACAUACUGCACGUCCAUGAAAAACACCGGCCGCACAAAUGCUCCGUAUGUGGGAAGAGCUUCUCGCAAUCCUCCAGCCUCAACAAGCACAUGAGGGUUCAUUCGGGAGAACGGCCGUACAAGUGCGUCUACUGCAACAAGGCUUUCACCGCCUCGAGCAUCUUACGGACCCACAUUCGGCAGCACUCUGGAGAAAAGCCCUUUAAAUGCCGUCACUGUGGCAAAGCAUUUGCUUCUCAUGCAGCUCACGACAGCCAUGUGAGGCGCACACAUUCUAAAGACAAAAUGUUCCCUUGUGAUCUCUGCAAAAAAACCUUUAUGGAAGCACACGAGCUCAGUUAUCAUCAGGUGCAGUUCCACGCAGGUUAG